AAUCCAAUGGCUAGAAGGCGUAAAAACAACUCCUCCGGUCAUGUAAAAUCACCUGGUGCAACUAAUUGGAAGAAGUUUUGUGAAAAACAUGAUACUGAAAAGACUGGUAAGGUUACCAAGAGGGCAAAGAAGGUAAGUAAUGUCCACAUUCCGGAUGACCUGACAUCCCAUGUGAAAGAUAUUACAGAAAAAGAGAAUAGCAAUCCCUGUCUGGACAAGAGGAAGAGGAAAACCAAGCCUCUCACAACACAAGCAAGCACAGAUAUUUCAAACAACAUUACACAUCGAUUAGCAUUGGACUGUGAGAUGGUGGGUUCUGGUAAAGAUGGCUCGGACAAUCAGCUUGCAAGGGUUUCUAUUGUAAAUGUUUAUGGAGACACUGUUUAUGAUAAGAUCGUGUUACCUAGAGAACAUGUGACUGACUAUCGAUCAUUAAUCACUGGGUUGAAUAAACAAAUUAUUACUGCUAAAGGAGUGCCUUUCAAAUUGGUUCAGGCUGAGGUAGCAGACAUUGUCAAAGAUAAAGUUGUUAUUGGUCAUGAUAUAAAGCAUGAUUUUACAGUCCUAGAGUUUUCACAUCCAAAACCCAUGAUAAGGGACACAGCAAAGUAUAAGCCUUUCAAGGCACUAUCCAAAGGUAACACACCUUCUCUUAAAAAGCUUUGCAGUGAAAUCUUAAAAAUUUCUGUUCAAGAAGGAGCUCAUGACUCAAUUGAGGAUGCACGUAGUGCACUGCAGUUAUACAGAAUGCACAGGACUUCUUGGGAGCGUAGUAUUAAGAAGUACAAGAAGAAAGUUCAGAAGAACGACUCAGCAGAUGACAGUGAGAAAAAGGAAGGUUCAGAUGAUGCUUUAGAUGACUGAGUUGUAGAAGAUAAUUUCUAUUUAGUGGGUGUAAUUCUAUCUGCUUUUCAUGUUGUGACAUGUUGAGAUGUUGAGAUUGUUUAUUGAUUGAUCAGUCAAUUUGGUAGGGUUUCUUUCUGAGAUGAUUUAAUUUAUUGAAAUAUCGAUAAUUUUGUUGCUCUCACGUUAUUUUGUCAAGAAUGUUCAAAAUGUAUGUAACAUUGAAUCCAUUUCUGCUGUUAAGUGUUAUUUUUAAGAA